AUGGUAUUAAAUAUUAUUAAAAGGGUUCCAAUAUAUUGUUCUUCUUCAUUAUUUAAUAAAGCUGUGAGGUUUUACAGUAUAUAUGAGCCACCAUAUUUAAAGCAAAAAGAACCUGAAAUACCAAUUUAUCCUGUUUUAAAUAUACAGCUUAAAGGAUAUAAAUAUCCUUUACUCGAAAGUUAUCAAUCUUUUAUUCACAAAUUAGCAAAAGUAUUGCAGUUUACUGUUGAUGAUAGUGCACCUUUUCCACAUAGAGAAUAUAAGAUAAAAAGAUUUAAACAAGGAAGUACAGUAGUUGAUGCUGAAUAUAAUUUAAAAAUUUAUGAAAGAAAUAUGCAAAUAUCAAAUGUUACAUCUGUAAGGUGUCCUAUUAUUAUUAGAAUAUUAGAAGCAACUUUACCUGAAGGAGUUUCAUUAUCUAUAGACCAAUAUGACCCAGUGAUGCAGAAGAAACGUAUAAUACCAAAUAAAAUGUUGCUUGAUUUGAAAGAAUCAUUGAAUGAAUUUACGAAAAAGUAA